AGUACUUAUUUAAUGUUGUUGACGGGUCAACGUUGAAAAGUCUCUGCAAGAUAGUGCAGUUUCUCAAAUAAACUAACGUUUCUAGUGAUUAGAAACAAAGGGAGAACAGAUGCAGUCGCAGGUAAAUCACAACUUCCACCCAGAGAGUGAGGUGAACAUCAACAAGCUGGUGAACAUCAAGCUGACUGCAUCCUACACCUACCUCUCCCUGGGCAUGUAUUUCGACAGGGACGAUGUGGCUUUGCGCAGCUUCUCUAGUUUUUUCCUGGAGCGCUCUGUGAAGGAGAGAAAGCAGGCAGAAAAAUUGCUGGAAUACCAGAAUAUGAGAGGCGGUCGCGUUCUCCUUCAGCCCAUCGCUAAACCCAGCAGGGAGGACUGGCUAGGUGGCCUGGAUGCCAUCACCUUCUCCCUGGAGUUUCAGAAAACCCUCAACACGUCCCUCCUCGAGGUGCACCGUGGUGCCAACACUCACACUGACCCCCAUCUGUGUGACUUCCUAGAGCAGCACUUCCUGUCCGACAGCCAUGACACCAUCAAGAAGCUGGGUGACCAUCUAGGCAGCCUGACCCGCCUCACUUCCUCCGAGACCCAUGGCUCCAUGGGAGAAUACCUGUUUGACAAGCACACCCUGUAAGACUCACAGCAAGAAGAGAGCACAGCUUUCACACAGGGACUGGAGUCUGGAGAGUUGCAUUUCCGUUACAAGUAGCACUAAAGUGGGAUUUAGCAAUAGAACCACAUACCUCUUACAGUACGUACAGAAAACAAUGCAAGACCAUGGAACAGUUGAAUACCUCAACACCCGUUUACCACUUCUGAUGUGAACAGUGGUUACCACUGACAAACAAAAAGGUGUAAUGGGUUCGCACUCAAAGAUAUGUCGCAUAAAGCUUACUAUUCAAUUUUUCUAAAUUAUUUUCACUGCAUCAGGGAUAGCGUACAAAGACAUUUCGGCUUUACAUCCUUCAGUGUGUAGGUACAAUUUUAUUUUAAUUUGAAACCGCAUUUUUAGAGAACAACCGAUGAGCAGCAGGUACUUCUGAUCAGGGUUGCCACUCAUCUGCCAAUCAGGUAUGUGUCUUUUCUGGCCUACCUGUAUACAAAUUAGUCACAGAGUAAUACAGAAUUAUAGGGUAUGGGAGUGGGCACGAAGGGCAACCGCCCCAGGUGUCCGUUCACCUAAACAACUCUGGUGCUAUAAGUCAACUUGGUUUCUGCCAUAGAGUUGAUCAAGCAUUCCAGCAGUAAAUAUGCUUCAUUGUGUUGUGCAUUCCUACAUACAGUGGGGCAAAAAAGUAUUUAGUCAGCCACCAAUU